AUGCGCAGUAGCAGCAUGAGUACCCUCUGGCCAGGUUAUUUUUACACAGUUGCACAGAAACAGAAAGAAAAGCUGACGUCACACGCACGCUUAGGUGAACAUGAAAACAUGAUGAGAGAGCAGCAGCAGACUUUAGGACCCAGUCCACAGAGCCAGCCAGUCGCCUCUCUCUUUUUUACUUAGCUGCGUCUAUAAUGUCAUGCGUGCUGCUAGAAGCGUGUUCCGGUGAACAGAACUGAAAUCUGAAGGUGGCAGAGCAUCAUAUUUUUAAGCAGUAGAGCAUCAUGGGAGGAGUGGCACUGGAUGACGGUAGUAGUGGAGUGAAGGCCCCUGAUGGUGGCUGGGGUUGGGCCGUGCUCUUUGGUUGCUUCGUCAUCACAGGUUUCUCCUACGCUUUUCCCAAGGCUGUCAGUGUUUUCUUCAAGGAGCUGAUUAGAGAGUUUGAGGUGGGCUACAGUGACACAGCCUGGAUCUCCUCCAUCCUAUUGGCUAUGCUUUAUGGCACUGGGCCUUUAUGCAGCAUUUUAGUCAAUCGAUUUGGAUGCCGUCCAGUGAUGUUGGUGGGCGGCCUCUUUGCAUCGUUGGGAAUGGUCUUGGCAUCAUUUGCCACAAGCAUCAUCCACAUUUACUUGUGUACAGGAGUCAUUACAGGUCUUGGAAUGGCUUUGAACUUCCAGCCAUCACUCAUUAUGUUGAAUCGAUAUUUCAGUGAGAAGCGGCCGCUGGCUAACGGCCUGGCCGCAGCUGGGAGUCCAGUGGCUCUGUGCUGUCUGUCCCCUUUGGGGCAAGUCCUUCAGUAUGAAUAUGGCUGGAGAGGGGGCUUCUUCAUCUUGGGAGGCAUACUUCUGAACUGCUGUGCCUGUGGGGCUUUAAUGAGGCCUUUGGUCCCACCAAAGAGGUCAGAGACCCCUGGGAUUGAAAACACACCAGAUGAUGGUAACAAGAAAGCAAAGCCCAAGCCCAAGCUGCUGGACUUCAGUGUUUUCAGAGACCCGGGCUUUGUCAUUUAUACAGUCGCUGCCUCCAUUAUGGUGCUCGGUUUGUUUGUGCCUCCAGUGUUUGUGGUGAGCUAUGCCAAAGAGUUGGGAAACGAAGACACAAAAUCCGCCCUCCUGCUUACCAUUCUGGGUUUCAUUGACAUUUUCGCACGGCCCACGUGUGGCAUCAUCGCUGGACUCCAGUGGGUUCGCCCUCGAUGCGUCUACCUCUUCAGUUUCGCUCUCAUAUUCAAUGGCACCACAGAUCUGGUGGGCUCCCUGUCUAAAGACUACACCUCUCUGGUGGUGUUCUGCAUCUUCUUUGGCAUCUCUUAUGGCAUGGUGGGAGCCUUGCAGUUUGAGGUUCUCAUGGCUGUUGUGGGUACAGAGAAGUUCUCAAGCGCCAUUGGUUUAGUUCUCCUGCUUGAAGCCAUUGCUGUGCUGGUUGGGCCUCCAUCUGCUGGGCGCCUUUUGGACUCCACUAAGAACUACAUGUAUGUUUUCCUUCUGGCUGGGAUUGAGGUUGUGAUAUCAGCUUUAGUGCUGGCCAUAUGCAACUUACUGUUCAUAAAGAAGAAGCCUGAGGCACCAGAGACUGCAAUAGAAAAUGGAGAGACAGUGGAGGCAAAGAAUCACUCCAGUACGCCACCUAUAGAGGAGCCUCACAAGGCCAAUGGAAACUCAGAAAAAAUUGAUGAGAAUGUGAUGAAGGAUCCAAAGGAAGUGGAAACAUUUCUUAAAGAUGAAGAUGAGCAGAAUAAGAACAUCACCUGUAGUCCAGAAACCGACCUCUGAUGGACAUUUCUGCUUAAGAAGAGGUUGAAAGACACAAAUAAGAGGAGAACUGCAUUGUUGAUGUGUGUCACUAUGUAGUCCAGUGUGAUGCCCUAAUGUGUGUGCUACUUACUGACAGAUGAAUAUUUAAUCUACACUGCACUCAUGAUGUUCAAAAUCACAUUUGCACUGCCACAUAAGAGAGAUUUAGACAGGCCACUCUUAAUACAUCUAACUCAAAACCACAGACAUUUCUUUGACUUAAACCAACGUUACCAAGGUUAAAGGUGCUGUAAGUGAUUUUUGUCAUGGAUUUGUACGCAGAAAAUGAUCCUCCCCAGUUGCCAAAAAUAUGUCUUUUGGAUUUUAGUUAUUAAAAAUAAAUAAGAAAGCCCAGCUCAGGUGACAAAAAGUAACACAGAUGUAACAUAAUGAAGUAAUUUCCAUAAAAAGUAACUCAAUUACCGUAUUGACCCGAAUAUAAGACGAUGUUUUUUCCUUGGAAAUACAUCUGAAAAAACGCGUUCCUCUUGUAUUCAGGGUCUAGACUUUGACAUGUCAAUAAUACACCCACAACAAUAGGUGGCGCCAAAAACGCUUAAAACGAGUGUGCCAUGAAAUAUGUAAUGUGAUGUGUGUUGUAAAGAUCGCGAAUGAAAACAAAUGAAAAAGAAAAGCUUACAGCAGCAUGAUCGUGACUGUAUGUUAGCCUGAUGGGACCAAACUUCCUCUGUAAGUGAUUUUAAAACAUAAGACAGUACCCAGAUUUGAAGACUACAAUAAGAUUUCACGUCUACUGUUAAUAACAUUUUGGUAGGCUACUAUGAGUUGGAUAGCCUAAUUGUUAUAUAAUUCAGAUGGGCUACCUGUUAUUUCAAUGGUAUAUCAAAAUUUUCCAAUGUCAUUGUUGGUACAUUUUACCAGUAUUUACCAUACUUUCAAAACAAAAAUUAGAAUUGGAAAAAUAUGCAAUAUGAAAAUAAUUUAAGAAGAAAUGUGUUUUACAGAGAGAGAAAAAAAAAAAAAGAAGCAAGAUUUGGUUUUCAAAAAGCCUUUUUCCAACAGGUACAUCUGGAAAAAGGGGGGUCGUCUUAUAAUCAGGGUCGUCUUAUAUUCGGGACAAUACGGUAGUUACUUUUUAGUAACGCAAUAUUGUAAUGCAUUACUUUUAAAAGUAACUUUUCCCAACACUGGUCCUAGCAUCUAUAAACGGUAAAAGGAAAAUUGGCUCUAGACACUUUUUAAGUCAAUCACAAUGCAUUUUAAGCACUUUGCACCUUUCAAUCAAAUUGCAUGUUUACAGCAGCCAUAUAUGUUACAGUGAACUUGCAAGAGCGGUGUUCAUGAGUUUGAAGCAGUGUUCGAUUUUGACACCACCAAACGCCUUAAAAGGAAAAUAGAUAGCUUUUUAUCGCUGGAGGAAACAGCUUUAAAGAUACAGAUGCUGAUUUUGUUUUUUGUUUUUUAAAUAUAUAGCUUGUUCACCUUGAUUAUGCCAAAAUGGCAGAGAUGUGGGAGGCAUGUCUAAAGUCUUAAAGGUUUAACAUUGUUCCAGCAUCUUUAACUAAGUGCAAAAGCACAAGUAAAGCAGACAGCUAUCACAGGAACUGAACAUGUGAGCACAAUAAAGUCUGAUCAUAUUCAUAGAUAUCAGCAGAGACAUCAGAUAUCUGUAGUGUUUCCACUUCUCACACAAAAUGCACCGUCUGUUGAAUCACUUCUGUAAUGGUAUGUGUCCCUAUUUACAGACCUCAUACACUGCUUUGUUUUGUGCGUUGUGAGCAGUGUGGUCCAAUGGCUUUAGUAGACUUCUGAUAAUGCCAUGAUCAGUACUGUUAUAUUCUUCAGUAUCAUUCCUGAUAGACAGCUAAUCCCUGCCCUACUUCACCUUAUGUUCUUUGAUAUGUUUCAAUGCUAAUGGACAAAGUCAAAAGCUUAGCUUUUUUUAAUGUUAGUGGAACAUAGCUGUAUUAGUCAGUAUUAGUUGUACACUGUCGUACAUUUGUCAUCGUUAUGCUGAGUGUCAUAGAAUAGUGAAGUAGAGAGCAGGUAUCUCUGCAUUUAUGACUUCAUAUGAAGAGUCCUUCAGCAAUAUUUGCAUUUACCUAUUUUUUUCCUACUCUGAAUGUUUAACAAACCUAGUUUUAUCACAACAAAUAAUAUAUAUUCUUUAUUUACUGAAAUACACCAAAUGCAACACCAAAUUAGAGGCCAGAUGAUAAGUGCUUAAACUCAAUUGGUGUUGUGGUGAAACUGCUGGGUUUUUAUUUAUUUUAUUUUUUAGGAAACCAUGACAAAAGCAUGCAGUGUGUGACCCUUCAAUUCUAUGUGAUAGAAAUGAGGUUUGACAGCACUCCCUGGUGGCAUUAGUUUUAAUUUCAUCAGGAGGAGACAGCUCUACUACUGGUUAAGCUACUGGCCACCUCAAAAGAUUUGUUACAAGUGCAGCUAUGAGUAAUUUAGACUCAGUAAACCCAGAAUCAGUCUCACUAUCCUUCCAUUGUGCCUAUCUGAGUUGGUCUGGGAAACAUUUGCGAUAUUUAUUUUCAGUUUUCAGACUGCCUGUGUAAUUUGAUAAUGACCUUAUCUCUGUCUGCUGAAAACAAAAAAAUCUGCUCAAUAAAUGUUGAACACACA